AUGGGUUUAUUGCUACCGGUCGCCUGGUUCUUAAAUUCAAAUGUUUUUAAUUGCCCGUUUAUUAUGGACAUUCCGAGCCGCGCGACGCAGCGCUCGUUCCCGCCACGCUGGAGGCGCUACGCCGUCACUCGCGGCAGAUCGCCGCUCGCCGCGUCCGCCGCGUGCAGGUACGUCCGCCGCUCGCGCCGCCCGCCCACGGCGCCCGCGCCUCUCGCCCGCUCUAACUAUUCGAUCUUUUGUUGCAGUUCACGGAGCGGACGCGAGAUGGCGCUCGUGGCGAUGGUGCCGAGCGGCGGCUCCGAGAUGUCCGGCGGCAGCGGCGACCGCCGGCCCUCCACCUGCCGGGUGGAGAUGGGCGCGCUGCUCGCCUCCGAGCCCCGUCCGCCCGACAACAAAGUUAAGCGACACAGUAUACAUGGUAUGACAGAGGAGGAAAAUGUGGUCAGACCGCAUCAGGAGAUGGCUGUGCUGUCGCUCGAGGAGAAGAAAUACUUGCUGGGCGUGGAGCGCGGCGACGUGGCAGGCACGCGCCGCGUGCUGCAGCGCGCGCGCGACACCGGACACAUCAACGUGGAUUGCGUGGACCCGCUGGGUCGCAGCGCGCUGCUCAUGGCCAUCGACAACGAGAACCUGGAAAUGGUGGAGCUGCUUCUUGAGUUUGGUGUCGAGACGAGAGACGCGCUCCUACACGCGAUAUCUGAGGAGUUUGUGGAAGCUGUGGAAGCGCUGCUGGAUCACGAGGAGAGAACACGAAAGCCUGGCGAAUUGCACAGUUGGGAAGCACUUCCGCCAGAAACGGCAACGUUCACGUCUGACAUAACGCCGCUAAUCCUAGCGGCGCACCGCGACAGCUACGAGAUCAUCAAGCUGCUGCUGGAUCGCGGCGCGGGGCUGCCGGUGCCGCACGAUGUGCGCUGCGGCUGCGACGAGUGCGUGCGCUCCCGCCGCGAGGACUCCCUGCGGCACUCCCGCUCGCGGAUUAACGCCUACCGCGCCCUCGCUUCUCCUUCACUUAUCGCUCUAUCAUCUAAAGACCCCAUAUUAACGGCCUUCGAGUUAUCGUGGGAGCUCCGCCGCCUUUCAGCUUUGGAGCACGAAUUUAAGACUGAAUAUCAAGAACUCCGAGUGCAAUGUCAAGAGUUCGCCACGGCAUUGCUCGACCACACGCGCACCUCGCACGAACUGCAAGUGCUCCUCAACCACGAGACGGGCUCUCCUCAAGCGCCCUUGAGCGAGCCCGGGGCGCCGGAGAGAAUGAGAUUAUCUCGACUCAAGCUCGCGAUAAAACUACGCCAGAAAAAGUUCGUAGCGCACCCCAACGUGCAGCAGUUGCUGGCGUCCAUCUGGUACGAGAGCGUGCCGGGCUUCCGGCGCAAGAACAUGCUGCUGCAGGCGGCGGAGAUGGUGCGCAUCGGCGCCAUGUUCCCGCUGUACUCGCUGGCCUACAUCGCGGCGCCACACUCCGCCGCCGGCCGCACGCUGCGCAAACCCUUCAUCAAGUUCCUGUGCCACUCGGCCAGCUACUUCAUGUUCCUUUUUCUUUUGAUCUUGGCGUCGCAGCGCAUCGAGACAGCCGCCGGUGGCAUCUUCUGGGGCGCCUACACGACGCCGCUCUCGCGCCGCGGCUCUCCUCCCUCGCUGGUCGAGUGGCUAAUACUGGCUUGGGUUAGCGGUCUUAUUUGGAGUGAAGUGAAGCAGCUGUGGGACAUGGGGCUACGCGAGUACGUGCACGACAUGUGGAACGUUAUCGACUUUGUGACGAACUCGCUGUACGUGGCCACCGUUGCGCUGCGCAUCGUCUCUCACUUUCAGGUUCGUCGAGAAAUGGCGAUGGGACUUCAGUGGAACCAGCCACGCGAAAAAUGGGACGCGUGGGACCCCAUGCUGCUGUCGGAGGGACUAUUCUCCGCAGCCAAUAUUUUCAGCAGCCUCAAAUUGGUGUACAUCUUCAGCGUGAACCCGCACCUGGGGCCACUGCAGGUGUCUCUGAGCCGUAUGGUGCUAGAUAUCCUGAAGUUCUUCGUGCUGGAUAUUCUCGUCAUAUUCGCUUUUUCUUGUGGUCUGAACCAGCUGCUGUGGUACUACGCGGACAUGGAGAAAAAGAAAUGUCACUCCGCGUCGUCCUUCACCGGCGCCAACGGCACGCUGCCCGACCCCGACGCCUGCAUAGUGUGGCGGCGCUUUGCGAAUUUGUUCGAAACGAUGCAGACUUUAUUUUGGGCAGCGUUUGGGUUGGUGGACCUAGAUUCGUUCGAACUGGACGGAAUCAAGAUCUUCACGCGCUUCUGGGGCAUGCUGAUGUUCGGCACCUACGCCGUUAUAAACGUCAUCGUGCUGCUCAACCUUCUUAUCGCCAUGAUGAAUCAUUCCUAUCAGCUCAUUUCGGAGCGCGCCGAUGUGGAGUGGAAGUUCGCGCGCAGCAAGUUGUGGAUCAGCUACUUCGAGGAGGGCGGCACGGUGCCGCCGCCCUUCAACGUGGUGCCGUCGCCCAAGUCCACGCUGUACGCCUGGCGCUGGCUGCAGCGCCGCCUCUGCGGGCACGCGCGCGCCAAGCGCGAACACAUGCGCACCAUACGGAGAAAAGUAAAACAAGCUAAUGAGCGAGAUUUUCGUUAUCAAGCCAUAAUGCGCAACCUGGUGCGGCGCUACGUGACGGUGCAGCAGCGGCGCGCCGAGUGCGGCGGCGUCACCGAGGACGACGUCAACGAGAUCAAGCAGGACGUCAGUGCCUUCCGCUGCGAGCUCGUCGAGAUCCUGCGUAACUCCGGCAUGAACACCUCCACCGCCAACGCCGGCGCCCCCGGUGGAGGAGGCGGUAAGAAAAAUCGGCAAAAGGAGCGGCGCCUGAUGAAAGGGUUCAACAUUGCGCCGGGCGGGUCGCUGGCGCCCGUGGACGAGUUCUUCGCGUCGCUGCACCACGAGCACGGGCCGCACGGCGGGCACCAUUCGUCGCUGUCGGCGCUGCUGGGCGGGCGGCUGCGCACCAGCCAGUCCAGCCUGUCAGACGGCGGCGGCGGCGGCGCGCGCCGCAAGCCCAGCCACAAGCGCCGCUGGGGCACCAUCAUCGAGGCGGCGCGCGCGGCGCGCGUAUCGCGCCUCAUCGGCCGCUCGCGCUCCGAGGACUCUGUGUGCGACCACGCCGGCCCUUCGCCGAGCGGCAGCGAGCGGUCGGACUCGGGCAGCGACUCGCAGCGUAGCCCCGAGCGCGCGGCGGCCGGGGCGGGCAGCGCGGGCGGGGCGGGCGGAACGCGCGGCGGGCCGCUGCACCCGCUGACCGCGCUGGCGGCGCUCAAGCACAAGCGCAAGAAAUUCUCGGACUCGCGGCGCGCGGCGGAGGCGGAGGCGCUGCAGCGCGCCAGCUCGGUGCCGGCGCGCGCGCCGCCCGCCCCGCCGCCGCGCGCGCCGCCCGCUCCGCGCCCGCUCGCGCCGCCCUGCGUGCCGCCCUCCCCCACGGCCGAGAGCGUGCCCGGCAAGGGCAGUCGGGAGCCGCUGCUCGCCAGUCUUGACGACGAUGCGCACAAGGAGCUGUGCGGACAGUGCGGGUACGACGCCGCAGACACGAGCCCGACCGCUGCAGACUCAAGUAGCGUGGGGGGCAUGACAGAGGGCGGCGCGGGCGGCGGCGCGGAGGGCGGGGGCGAAGGCGCGGGCGCGGGGGGCUGCGCGCGCUGCGCCGCGCUGGCCCGCCUGGCCGGCGUCACGCCGCUGCACGGCCACGCGCCGCACCACUCCGCGGGCUGGCUA